AGGCAAAAUUCAUAUUCUAUCGAUGAGGAUUUGGACAACAUUUCAUUCAUUUCAUCAUCAUCCUCAUCAUCAGAAGUUGAAGAUCCUUCAGAUGAAUGUAUAGAUGAUAUUGCUUUUCUCCAGUCUUUAAAUUUAAUACAGAAAAAAGAACUCCAAACCAGAUCAGUUUCACAACUCAAAAAAAUUUUUCCUUUGAGAAAAAUAUCAAGAACAAAAGCAUGUAAUAAACAUCAUUGCAUAGAUAUGUUAGAAAAUAUUAAAAUAUUUGAAGAGACAGAAUUAUGUUCUCCUCUAGGCCGUCAUGCACUUGAUUCAUGUCGAAAACAAUUAACAAAAAAAGAAAGUACUGAAUUAGUGAAAAAAUAUGAAAAAUAUUGUCAGAUUUCUGUUUUAAGUAUUCAUCCAAAUACUGUUAAUUUACCUCAGCUAAGAUGUAGAGAGACUUUAAAAUAUCCUGUGACCUAUCGCCCAAAUAAAAAUUUGAAAAGUUGGUGCCAUCAAUAUACAUUUGGACAUAGGCAAAGAAAUUUACGAUACAGAACGUUAAAGACAGGACUUAACGAAAAAAGUCGUAAAUUGAAGAAACUUUGCAAGAAAGUUCAAAUAUUAGUUCCUCGAUUAUCUAAAGUUAAAAUACCAGACACGAAGCCGUUUAAAAUGAAAAAUUCGGAUGAUGAUCUAUCAAGUGUAGAAAAUUGUGAAGACGAUAAUUAUAAAAAUUUAGUUUUAAAUUCGGACAAAGUUUCUAACUUAGAAAAAUUUGAAUCUGAAUCCGAAUCUGAAAGUAAAGAAAGUGAAACGAUAAAAAUUGAUUUUAGUGAUGCCAAGUUAAUAUUUUCACUCAGCAGUCGAAAACCAAUUGUUUUACUUGAAAAUAUCAUUGAUAAACUUGUGUGGAUUGGAAAUAAUGUGUAUAUAAAAGAUACGAAUAUAUGGAUGACGGAGAAGGAUAUAACAUUAUUAAAUAUUGAUAAACCGCCUAAUAUCUUGAGAAUGAAGAAAAUGAGUUGGAUAAGAAAUAAUUCUAAAGUAACAGAAUGGGUUCCCUUAGUUAACAAAUUCAAUAUAUUGAGACAAAAACAAAAUAUUGACGAGAAUAAACAAAUAUGUAAGGAAAUUCAAAAUAAUUCAUCAAAUUCAGUACAAAACUGUCUCCUAAAAGAUGCUCCAUCUUCAUUUCCAAAACAGAUUUUGUCUGAAGCAAAUGGAAAGCUUAAAAGAAUUCUUACUUGUUCUAAUGCUUGUAGUAAAUUUAAGAAUAAUUUAGAUAUAACUGUUGUGAACGGUAAUUAUGCAAGUGAGGAAAAUUCAUUGCUUCAUGAUUUAAAGAAAAGAUUAAAUUCUCACAACGUUUGUAUUUCGGACACAAAUUCUUGUUAUAGUAAUAUGAAUAUGAAUCUAGAUUAUGCUACAAAUAACCAAUUGUUAGAAGGAAAUCCUAAAAUUUUAGAGAAUACUGAAUUUUGGGGAAAACCAUAUAAUGGUAACGGUGAUAGAGAGAUUCUCUCCCCUCAAAAAUAUUUUCCAAAUAGUUUUAAUUAUUCAUUUUUUGAAGAUGUGACAGAUAUUCAUUUUAACCAGAACAAUAAUUCUAUUUUAAUGAAAAAAAAUUCAUCAAAUGAAGAUAAAACUGAAACAAAGAAUAAAUCCGAAAUAACCAUCACACCAUGUUGGCCUAGCUUAAGAUAUUCAAAUGUUAAAUCUUGUACAUCGCCUUUAAAAAGAAAUAUUUCUAAGGUACUUCCAAUUCAGGAAAACGGUCUUUCCAAUUUAGAAUGCGAAUCGGAAAUUUCUUCCAAUGAAAUAAACAGUAGUGAUAUUGAGAUUCUUCCAGAUAUACAGAUAGAAAACAAUCAGCAGCCAAAGACGUCUUCCUACAUAUUCAGAUGUCAUGGAUGUGGUCAUAAUGCUUCAUUCAAGACAAAUCACCAGUUAUUGAAUUCUGCACAUUAUCAUAUGAUGAUGUAUCAUUCUGUAAUGGACCCCAGUACGUUUUUAAGUCAUAGUCACACAGAAUACGUUGAUCGCUUAGAAUUGACUGUAGAAGCAUUUCCUAGUUAUAAAUCUUCAAACUUAUCACCGAUACAAGUUUGAUUUUUAUUUUUUAACUUUUAGUCUUUGACUAUGUAGUCUUCCCCGUGUACAUAAGUGAAAAUAUUGGCAGUUUCUUAAAUGUUUUUACAAGAAAAAAACGUGUGGAGUUUUUAAAAAAAGUGUUGUUUGCAUUUGUAAUAAACUUUAAAAAAAUUCUUGAUGAAAACAUUUACACAAAAACUAUUAUUUCAUCUGUUGAGUGGAAAACAGUUUGAUGGUAUAUCAAACGUUGAAUCUAAAACUUUAAAACAUUCUACUUGAGUUUUGUUUAAUGAGAGUUUAAUAUUUAUUACUUAUAUGUUUGAUAAACUUUUAAAUGUAAAUUGUGAAAACCUACGAAAGGAUCGAAACUAUAUUUGAUAAUAACUUUUUAAUAAUGUAAUUGUUGUAAUGUUACGACUGUGUAUGAAUAGACGUAAAGCUUCGUAAUAGUCUUCUGAUUUAUACGUUUUAUUUAAUUCAUAUGUUUUCGUAUAUAGUGAUUCGUUUUAUUUAUGAAAUUAUUUAUUCACAGUACUGAAUACUAAAUAUUUCUAAUUGUUCUGUUUGUAUGUGUUUUUUUCCGCAAUUUGAUUUUCACAAUAUGCAUUUAAAAGAUUAUCUUAUUUAACCCAUCUGCUUGCCAUUUUGCAUUAUUACUACUUAAAGUACGUAUUAAUGAUAAAGUAAAUAACUGAAAUUUUGAGUGUAUAAAAUAUUUGUAGCACAUUUUAAUUUUACUCAAAUCAAAUGCUACAUAAAUUUGCCAAUUUACGUUCACGUUAUUAGAAAAUGACAAUUAAUACUAAAUUCCUAAUCUUUAUUAUAAUACGGUGCACAUUAUGUUUAGUCUAAUUUUAAGUGUUUACGAUCAAUCAUCGAAGAAUUAUCUUCAUAAUUUACAGGUAAGCAAAUGGGUUAAUUUUACUGUAUUUUAAAAUUGCUUGUUCAUAUUAAAAAUAAAAUUCAGAGUUGAUGUCAUUUAUUUUGUUAAACCAUUUGCGCAUGAAAAUAUUGUAUAUAGUACUUAUAUUGUAGUUAUCAUUUAUUAAAGAUAUUCUUAUUUAGACUGUGCUUUUUAUGUGGAAAACUGCUGGAUAUCAAAUUCUAAAUCAAAGUCUGUAUGUAGAUGAUUGAGUUUGAAUGUCGUUUGAAAACGAUUAAAUUUCAUUUCAUGAAAAUGGAUGAAUUUCAUAUCGAAGGAUUUUUUUAAAUAAUCGAAAUAUUUGAAAAUGUGAUUCAAUUAUUUUAUUAUCAACCUGUGUCUUCUAAAAAAUUUCUACUUCUCAUUCUUUCAUUUCUUGCAAAUUUUCUAAUUUUGUUUUCCUAUCUGGUUUGUCCCUCUUAUUUUUCAAUUCAGUACUAUAUUAGCUCAUCAAUUGUAUUAUUUUAUCUUUAUUGUCUAAGAAUUAACAUUAAAAGAAGAAUGCAAUCAUUGAUCGUUCCUUUAUUUUUCUUAUCAAUUUGUUAGUUAAGUGCUUCAUCAGAUUCUAUUUUUCCGUAUAUAUAUAAGAAUAUGACUAGUUGGAUGCCUUUCAGAAUUAAGGGGGAGAGAAAACUCUGUGGCAUUGAGAGACAUCUUUGAUUCGUUGCGUUGCUUCAAUACCGGUCUACUCAGAAAUCCUCCCUCGUCGUCAUCCUUUCUGUUAUCCGUAAACUUAAUAGCCACUGAUGAU